UAUAAGACGGACGAAACAAAAUUCGGCGUUAUUCCACUUGUACACUUUAUCUCCGAUCGUGUUGGGUGCGUUUUACAAAAAUGAGAUUGAUAAUUGUUUUCACUGUAGCGGCAUUGGCCUGCGCUCAAGUUUUCGCAGCGCCUCAGAUUCAUGUAGUUGACAAUAAUUACAAUGAUCCUUCCCAAGUUCAUGUAGUUGACAAUAAUUACAAUGAUCCGUCCCAAGUUCAUGUAGUUGACAAUAAUUACAAUGAUCCUUCCCAAGUUCAUGUAGUUGACAAUAAUUACAAUGAUCCUUCCCAAGUUCAUGUAGUUGACAAUAAUUACAAUGAUCCUUCCCGAGUUCAUGUAGUUGACAAUAAUUACAAUGAUCCUUCCCGAGUUCAUGUCGUCGACAAUAAUUAUUACAAUGAUCCAACUCAGGUUCAUGUUGUGGACAAUAAUCCUCACGUUGUAGAAGACUCUGCCUUCUACCGGCCGACGCAAAAUGGUAACGGCGGUCACAUUGUCGAAGACUCGGCUUUUUACAGACCCACCUAUGGAGGUAAUCAACAAAGGCCCAUCGACCCUGGAUUCUACCGGCCCGGAAACCCAAAUAACUAUGAACCCAUCAGCAACGGCCCUGCCUUUGUUGAAGAUGGAAGAAAACACUAUGACAACCCCAACCUACGCGGUGGAAAAUGAAGAAAACCUCUUCGGGAGAUCUAUUCACGUACGAAGGCCGGAUUAGUUAUUUAAGUCUGUUUUAUGUAAUUAAUUGGUUGUUAGAAUAGGUAUAAUACCUAUUUAAGCAGUAACACCUUUAGACAAAUAUUUUACUCUCCUUCCUUUUUUUCCUUAAUAAACUAUCAGAUUGUGAAACCUA